GGUCAACUCUCUCCGGCGGCCAACUACGCUUUGACCCAAACCUCUGCUCUCUCCCGACAAGCAAAUCCUACAGCAUUCGCCUACGUGCCCUACUAUCUCUCUUCAGGUGAGCAGGCGCCUCUCUCGGUCUUUCUGCCACCGACCGGGAUCCUUCCGCCCUACGUUACCAUGUCUUAA